GGUUUUUAAUUUUUUUAAUUCUUUCGCGGGGCAGCGGUUUUUUCCUCCUCCUUCGGCGCGGUGGAAAACACACGUUUUAGACCAAAAUCCCAAACCAGCCCAUCCAUCCUCUUUGCUUUGCGCUUCGCAGCAACUUGGAGCCCGUUAAUUGCACUUGGCGAUGGAUGAGUUCCACCCCUUCAUUGAGGCGCUGCUCCCCCACGUCAGGGCCUUUGCCUACACCUGGUUCAACCUGCAGGCCCGCAAGCGCAAAUACUUCAAGAAGCACGAGAAGAGGAUGACGAAGGACGAGGAGAGGGCAGUGAAGGAUGAGCUGCUGAGCGAGAAGCCGGAGGUGAAGCAGAAAUGGGCCUCGCGCCUCCUGGCCAAGCUGCGCAAGGACAUCCGGCCCGAGUGCCGCGAGGACUUCGUCCUCUCCAUCACGGGCAAGAAGCCCUCGUGCUGCGUCCUCUCCAACCCCGACCAGAAAGGCAAGAUGCGCCGCAUCGACUGCCUGCGGCAGGCGGACAAGGUGUGGCGCCUGGACCUGGUGAUGGUCAUCCUCUUCAAAGGGAUCCCGCUGGAGAGCACCGACGGCGAGCGCCUGGUCAAGUCGGGCCAGUGCACCAACCCCAUCCUCUGCGUCCAGCCCCACCACAUCAGCGUCUCCGUCAAGGAGCUCGACCUCUACCUGGCGUACUUCGUCCGUGAGAGAGAUGCAGAGCAGAGCAGCAGCCCCCGCACAGGCAUUGGCUCGGACCAGGAGGACAGCAAACCCAUCACGCUGGAUUCAACAGACUUCCAGGAAAGCUUCGUCACCUCGGGGGUAUUCAGUGUCACCGAGCUCAUCCAGGUGUCCCGAACACCGGUGGUGACGGGCACAGGGCCAAACUUCUCCCUGGGGGAGCUGCAGGGCCACCUGGCCUAUGACCUGAACCCCUCCAGCACCGGCAUGAGGAGGACACUGCCCAGCACCUCCUCCAGCGGGAGCAAACGGCACAAGUCAGGGUCCAUGGAGGAUGACAUUGACACCAGCCCUGGGGGCGAGUACUACACCUCCUCCAACUCCCCCACCAGCAGCAGCCGCAACUGGACAGAAGACAUGGAAGGGGGCAUCUCCCCCACCGUGAAGAAGACAGAGAUGGACAAGUCCCCCUUCAACAGCCCAUCACCCCAGGACUCCUCACCCCGGCUGAGCAGCUUCACGCAGCACCACCGUCCCGUCAUCGCUGUGCACAGUGGUAUCGCCCGAAGCCCGCACCCAUCGUCUGCGCUGCAUUUCCCCACCACCUCCAUCCUUCCCCAGACGGCCUCCACCUACUUCCCGCACACGGCCAUCCGGUACCCGCCUCAUCUCAACCCGCAGGACCCGCUCAAAGAUCUCGUCUCGCUGGCCUGCGACCCGUCCAACCAGCAGCCCGGACCGUUAAAUGGAAGUGGUCAAGUGAAAGUGCCCAGCCACUACCUGCCCACGCAGAUGCUGGCGCCGCCACCUCCCCCCGGCAUGCCCCGCUUGGCCGUCUCUCCUGACACCAAAUCCACCACGACAACUUCCGAGGGAGGGACGACCUCGCCGACAUCACCCACCUACUCUGCACCAGGCACGCCCCCUGCGAACCGUUCCUUCGUGGGAUUAGGACCAAGGGAUCCUGGGAGUAUCUAUCAGGCACAGUCCUGGUACCUGGGAUAACCUCCGCCGUGCCGCCCCUUCGCCUCCCUUCUCCUCUGCUUUAGGCACCCCCAGAGGAACAUCCCCGUCCCCGAGCGCCAGGCCCAGCCUUGCGGUGACGACGGAGAGCGCGGCCUCACCACGACGACGACGACGACGACGACGACGACGACGACGACGACGACAAGCAAAACCCACACCCGAAGGAAAGAGCGAGGGAAAGGAAGAAGGAAAAGGGUCAAACUGUUUUAAAACGGAAAAAAAAAAAAAAUCCAACAAAAAACCCAACAAAAAAUCCAAACAAAAAACAAACAAACCAACAACCCAUCCCAGGAGGAUCUUUCCCCCCACCCCGGCGAUGCGCCAGAAAACAAAGAAACA